AUGAAGUCCGCCGUCAUCUUCUCCGCCGUCGCCCUCUUCGGCGCUGUCUUCGCUGCUCCCCUCGAGUCUUCUAACGAGGCUUCCAACCUCUUCGCUCGCAAGCUCUGCGUCUCUGAGGACGGCAUUGCCUGCUACUACGACAACAACCAGUGCUACUGGCACGACUGCUCUGACUGCAGCUGCGAGGACGUCUACAACGGCGCCAAGCUGAUCCGCCGCGACUGCACCGACGCCAAGGACGCCGCCACCUGCCCCAACGUCCCCGACCCCAAGGCUGCGACUCCCGCUCCCAACCCCAACCCCCCCAAGGCUUAA